GCAAGGACAACAGAAAUGGCAUAAUAUUCCAAUUCGUAUCCCGCGGUUUCCUUUGUCUUGGGACAUUGACUCAGACACCCAAUGGCAUUGUACGUUGUUCGUUGUGGAGUAGAGUGAAGAAAGAUACAGAGACAGACACAUGGCAAUGGAGUCUCCCUUCAAGGUUGACAUACUGAAGGGGAAGGUGGCGCUGUUGACCGGAGGAGGGUCAGGAAUCCGGUAUGAGAUAUCGUAUCAAUUAGGGAGACAAGGAGCCUCUAUUGCCAUCAUGGGCCGCCGUAGCCAAGUCCUUCAAGCUGCCGUUGACUCCCUUCAAUCUCAUGGAAUUCCUGCUAUUGGACUAGAGGGAGAUGUACGCAAAAGAGAAGACGCAGUUAGAGUUCUGGAAUCAACAAUUAAGCAUUUUGGCAGGCUUGACAUUCUUGUGAAUUCUGCAGCUGGAAAUUUCCUUGUAGCAGCAGAGGAUCUAUCUCCUAAUGGCUUCCGGACAGUAAUAGAGAUAGAUUCUGUUGGCACUUUUACAAUGUGCCAUGAAGCACUCAAGUACCUCAAGAAAAGGGGACCAGGAAAAGACAUCUCUAAUGGUGGAACAAUCAUAAAUAUAAGUGCAACUUUGCAUUAUACAGCUACUUGGUAUCAAAUUCAUGUAUCUGCGGCCAAGGCAGCAGUUGAUAGCAUUACGAGAAGCUUGGCAUUGGAGUGGGGGACAGAUUACAACAUCAGAGUCAAUGGGAUUGCACCAGGACCCAUUGAAGACACUGCUGGCACUAGUAAACUAGGACCUGAGGAAAUGAUGAGCACUAGACAGCACAUGCCUUUAUUUAAACUGGGGGAGAAAUGGGAUAUUGCUAUGGCUGCUCUAUAUCUUGCAUCUGAUGCCGGAAAAUACAUCAACGGAACAACAUUGGUGGUUGAUGGAGGAGAAUGGCUGAAAGCGAAUGCUAUCACUUCGCGUUAGAGUGUUUUGCAAAUUGUUAGGAGAAAACUGCAGUAUUAUUGUGAAAGAUGCAAAGAAAUUUUAAAAAGUUCAUUUUUGGGAAGUGGGAUCGAGUGCCAAUUAGUACGCUUGAGCCUAGCAAGGAUGCGCUCAAGCGCACCCUCGCCUAAGCCCAAGCACGCAGCGCUACAGAAGACCUGAAGCACGCCCAAGUAUGCUCGAGCGCACCUAGUGUGCGAUCGAACGCACUCAAGUUGACCUGGCCGCGCCGAAGCCCUAAUUGUUUAGUAUUUAUAUCAUAUUUGUCAUUGUAAACGCACAAAGGGGGCGUCGUUCAAUCUAUAUUUUCGGGUUUCUUCGCUUUUGUUGCUUUGAAUUCGUUUCUCUUUGUAAGUUUGUUUAUUUUAAUGUUUUCAAUUCAAUUU